CAUAAUAUUACUAUUACAAUACGGUCAAAUGCCUUUAUUUUUCCCUCAUACAAAAUCGACCCAGCCUAGCGAACACGUACAACAAACGUACCCGGGUUGUGAAUUAAAGGCAUAAAUGCUAAAUUCUUGCCUAAAUAUAUCAAGUGUCGUGUUCUGCGAAAGGUAGGCAAUGCUUUGUACGAUUUAGAGGACUUGAAUGGCAAACCGAUCGGGAAGUUCCAUGCAUACGACAUCCGGCUGUGACACUGUCAUCUGUCACGAAGAGCGAUCCGAAGUAAAGUGUUUUUUUUUUUUUAAUUUAAUAAUCACGUUUUUUCUCAAACUAAACUUAGCAAUAGGGUAAAACCUUGACCGCCCGCAGACUGCCCGGGGUCCAACUUUGCAUGGCUUUUCCUCGAAGCUGAGUCAUGUUGGGCUGUAACUCGUUUCUGUAACUCUUCCCUACUGAUCAUUUCUCUGCUGGUAGAGAAUAUACGUCAUUCAUUACUAUUCCUUAGCAGUAGAGAACAAGGCGGCAAGUUCAUAUAUGAAUUCGCCCAGGUAGAGAAUCGGAACAGAAACGAGCUACUGGACUAGCGGAGAGGCCGUACUGUGAAUACGGACUAAGUUCGGCAAUUGGGGGGUGGCUAACUCUAGCCAACGAAUGUGAAUAGAGUAUCUUUUUUUCUCUUACUGUCCUUUUCACUGGGCGCUUUGGCGGUCGGGGACAAACCGCCUAGUACCCUCCCCGAGCAUCUAUAGUCUUAGGACGUUCACGCGCGCUCCCACCGGGAGUCGCGAACUGCCUGACAAUCCCAUUAGGAUUGUCUUUUAGGAGUUUUGACGAGUUCUCCUUUAAGAAAAUGUCUCUUGGGCCGCAAAGCCAUAAUGAAUAGGAAACAAAAUAAAUAUAUACACGGUUUUCCCAGCCUGCCCUGUGUUCUUCUUAGCGGUGUUGAAACAGUGGGGGCAGGGUGUUAAGACCGACUAAGUUCGGCACUUUGGGGGGUAGGCUUCUCUGGCCUAAUACAAUAGAGGACACGCAACACCGGACUUGAAUUUUUUUCCCAGAGUUACUCGGUAUAAUUCUGACUCAAGCAUUUCGAAAAAACGCUAACGCAACCCAUACUUACAGCUCAAUUCUUAGCUGAUAUCACAAUAGAGAGCCCACUCAACUGUGAGGUUUUUCUUGUGAUUUCAUUAUUGAAAAACUCUCUCAAGAAAAAAGCUUUUAAACUUUCCCACUGUGAGGUGAAUAUUUGUUUGCUGAUGACAGGUAUCAAACUCACAAAAUAAAAAUACAAAAAAUGGAGCAAACAAACAAAAAGUAAGUAAUUUUUAAAUUUAAAUAUAUAUUUACGAGUUUAUUUCUCUUGAUCAUUUCAAUUUUUAUGUACAGCAGAUACGAAAGGACAACGCAGGAGCAGCUUCAAUAUUUUGUAAGUUUCUGCAAGCAGCAUCCCGAACUGCAAGCAGGGAAAAAUAAGCCACAUUCGCCGCGCGCUGUGCAGGACUUGUGGCAGAAACUGGCGGAGCACCUGAACGCGAUGGGAGGACCAACAAGGGCAGCGUCGAAGUGGAAAGAGGUAACUAUAGGAUACGCACGUAAAUGCAAAAUACGGCAGUGCAAGACAAAUAUAUUUCAUUAAAAUACCAAUGGACACCGCCAAUUUUUUGAUCGUUAAUAACUGUUAUUGAUUGAACGCGUUGCGAAAUGAAAAACAUGUUGAUUUGUUUAGUUUUGCGAGCCAAUUUGUGACAUUGUUAUUCAAAAAAAGAAGGUACGGUUUUAAUAAAACAUUUUAUUUAUUUCAGAGUUUAUCACACUAGAAGUGCCAGAUUCGCUCUCGUGCUCGCAAAGCAAAAGCCCAAUUGCAAAGCACUGGGGCGGGCCUCGAACCCCCGAUAUAACGGAGUUUGAUCAUUAGGCAAUUGAAACAUUUGGUACAGCAGCAGUGGAUGGAUUGCCUGAACUGGGAAAUAUGGGUUUUGAGGAAAGCUCAAGUUUGCAAGAUGUGGUGGUGGUUAGUGGCGCUGAGGACAACAUUGAAUUUUCCUCUGAUGUGAUAAUGACACCACUUUCCAUAAACAUAUCAAAUGAGAAUUCAAAUUUGUCCUCAGGAUCGCAGACCCACCUCACUCCGGUAUCUCAGCCCGAAAAUACACGAAAAAUAACAUUGGAGGCGGUGUAUAAUGUUGCUAUGGAGGACAUGAGGGCACGUCAACAGCGGAAUGGGCUUGCAAUUGCUCAGCAGGGGGCAUUGACUAUAGCAAUUACAAAAUUAACACAAACCUUAGAUAGGUUUUGUGAAAAUUUGAAUAAAACGUAAACGUAAAAACAAUUCUGUCAACUUAUGUAUACGUUUUAGAAUUAUUCUUGUUUAGUUGUUAAUAAUUUCUCUAAAAUAAAAACAUCAUUAAUUUAAAGAUGUAGAAAGAACAAUUUUUUGUGUAUUGGCUGUAAAUUUUACAUUUGCAGGUAUAAAUACAUAAGUCGGAUUUGAAAUUUUUUACUCAUCAAAUGAGUUCUUACCUGCGAAGUUGUCUAUAUCCCCGAAUCGUGGCAGGAUCCUGGAAACUUAGCGUUUACGGAUGUGAAAAUCAAACGAUGGUUGCACACCUGAAAAGGGAAAGAGUUUUAUGUUAGUAUUUAAUGUACCCUAAAUUCACAUAUACACAUGAAUGUAUGUAUUCAAAUGCAAUAAUUACUGCUCCGACAUUUAUGCUGUAAUAUCCUUUUCUGUUCAUGU